AUAUCACCUACAUAACGUACCGAUUGCCUCCCCAGUAUAACACACCAGUCUGGGAUGUCUUCUGUCCAGCCCAGCAUGCAGGGACUCUGACCUUACUGAUCGAACGUCACAACUAAUCUGACGUCAUUUGUUAAUCACCAUGGAAACAGGUCCACGUGUUGUCCUCCUGCACGCAGCAGAUGAUGGGGAGUUCGUCAGGAGGCUGGUGGAGAAGCUGCUAAUGGGUCUGGGCGGGAGUUACGAUCUAACCCAGACAGCCAUCUCCUGUCAGCAGGUCACAGGCACUCCUGGUGACGUCAGCCGCGCACAGCUCACGUCCACACUGACCCUCGGCAGCGUGAAACUUGUCGUGCCCGUGAUCAGCAGACACCUGCUGCGACCAAACAAGGAUGACUUCCGUGAGUUCGGCACGUUAGUCAGCCGGCAGUACCCAACCCUGGAGGCGCCGGCCAGGCGGGUCCAGCGGGACAGGGUUGAGGAGACGAUGCCCGGCAGGGGUACCGGUGUCAGUGGGAUGGAAGGCAUCGCCUAUGAUGUGUGUGACGCGCUCUGCAGACAAACAGGUGAACUGAGGCCCCCGUGCUGGUGGGCCUUGUUCAGCACUCGUGCGUUCCUGGCUGACAACAUGAACCUCCCAGCUGUUCUCACACGGCUGGAACAGGAGAACCAGCUGAGUCCGGCUGAGGUCCGGGAUAUCCAGGAGAAGCCGACACCAGUAAGCAGGGGGGAGCGGUUGGUAGAGAUGCUGCAGGACAGGAUGCGACAGGAGCCGUACGACUGGUUAGUGCGAGUCCUGCGGGAGGAAGGACAGGACUUCCUGGCGGAGGAGAUGGAGGAACGGGAGCGGCACGGGGAGCGGCUCUACGGCAUCGGGGAACAGCUGGCGACACAACCUGGUCAACAAACGGCACAGAGGGAACAUUUUGCACAAGAAAGUCAAGUAACCAUGCAGAAACAUCUACGCAAUUCCGGAUCCGGUACGCCUACGGAUGGCGUCACAACACCCUUUGAAGUCAAGUGUGUGAUUCUGGGACAGACGGAGGCAGGGAAGACCAGUCUGCUCAACUGUAUAAUGAAGGGUCAAGGUCACAUGGAGAUUGAAACUAACAGAACCAUCGGUGUUGACGUCAUCACUUACGAUGACAACAAGAAUAACGUCAAGUACGAGAUGUACGACUUCGGAGGUCACCAGAUCUACCACUACACGCACCGGUUCUUCCUGACACGUCAGGCCCUGCACAUCCUCAAUGUAGACCUGCCAGGAUACAAGUCAGAAGAGUUCCAGAAACGAGUGGGAGCGUGGCUAACAUCCGUGACUUCCCACGUGUUCAACCCGGCUAUCCUCGUUGUAGGAACCAAAGUCGACCUGUUCCCGCCAGACAAGGCCAAGGAGAUGAUAGCAGCAGCUUGUUCCUCCAUCCAGAGAGACAUCCAGGCCGCUGAGAGUAAAAUACAAACCAAGCUGAAAGAAGAGAUACAACUCUGUCAGAAGGCGGUGGGUACAGCGGACGGCAAAUUAGACCUGACCGAACCCUUCUACGGUCUCACAAGAGACGACAUCUUGGCCAAGAAAGAGUCACUGGAGAAGUUAAUUGACGGACGGCCAAAAGGUCUGUUAAACGUACAGGUUAUCCCGGUCAGCAGCAAGACGUUCUAUGGUAUUGAAGCUCUGUGCAACAAGAUGGCAGAAAUGGUGAAGGACGAGCGAUUGUUCCCUGCUGCCCGCCAAGAGCUGCCGACUUCCUGGACGAAACUGUCAGAAAACAUCAAGACUUCAGGACGGCCGUACCUUCAUGUCAGGGAUUGUCAGGACGUCGGAGCAGCUGCAGGGAUGAAGGAGUCAGACGUCCUGAACGCGCUCAGCUAUCUACACGUGACCGGACAGAUCCUGUUCUACAACCACAUCAGGGGGAUGGAAGAUCUGGUUUUCCCGGACCCAACCAUUAUCCUCACACUCUUCAAGCAGAUCUUCAGGCAUGACCUACCGGCAUAUCUAGACUUCAUAGCUGAGUCUCUACCUGAGCAUACCAGAGCGCAGUUUGCAGAAGACAGGACGUCCUUCUUGAAGACGGGCAGGGCAAGCGACAGUUUUAUGAAAAACUUGCUUGGAGACAACAUUGCCACCUUCAACAGUCUCCUUCCCCUGAUGAAGCACUUCGGCCUGUGUUACUCAGGGUCGGUGAUCUUUCCAACAGAGCUUCCUGCCGCCCAGCCUGACGAGGUGGCGCGCUACUGGCCAGAGGUUGUGCCAUCAGGCGGAGAGGAGAUCUCUGUUACUAUAGAGUACAGCCAAGAGCCUCCUCUGGGUCUACCGGAAACCAUGGUCUCCCGUAUCCUGUCCAUGGAGCAGACCACACGCCGUCUCCUCACCAAGGACACAGUUGUCGUUCAUGUUGGAGAGAACUCAGAAGACGUCAUGUAUCGCCAUUUCCCUACAAGAGAAGAAAUCCGGAUCCGGGGAGAGCCGGAGAAGGCGUGGCGCCAGGCUCAGACGGUAGCGAAGGUGAUGGAGGCCUGUUGGGACGAGUUUCCUGCCUUGUACUUCAGUAACAGUGUUGGAAGCGGAGAAACAACAAAGUCGCUCACUAUAGAGGCUGUGAGGCGUCACGUGCCGGGAGACUUGUUGAGAAUGUCUGAAGGAAACUGGAAACGACCCGUCGACUUUCCUGCCAACAAACCGUUGGAGGGGGUCAUUGGCAAAUACUUCAUCGACAACCGGCUGUACCAGGUCAGCAGGGCUGUUGGUAAGGACUGGCAGCUGUUGGCCCGGCUGGGACAGGAGCUGGGGCUGAACAGGGCCGUGCUGGGCAACAUUAGAGGUAGAAAUGACACCCAGCGGGCGUUCCAGAUGCUGAAGGCGUGGCGCACCAAGACCCCCCACGGACCGCUCCACUACCUGCCGCAGCUGGAGGAAAAACUGCAGAACAUGGACAAACUGGACCUGGCUGCAGAUGUGCAAGCGAUGUAUAAGGAAUACUGCGAUGCCUUGCCGUUGCAAAAUGUCAGUCCUGUGAUGACCGGAGACACACAGUGCUUUACUCUACAAAGCACUGACAGCGGUGAGAGCGACAGCGGUGAGAGCGACAGCGCUGAGAGCGACAGCGGUGAGAGCGACAGCGGGUUGUCCGCUGAGCCUGCGAAUUCCGAGUCUCAAAUGCUGGAGCGGCUUGCUGACCAGCUAGACGAGGAAAACGUCCAGCAACUGUUGCAAGUAUGCCCCCUAUCCAGGGAGCUAAAACGGGAAAUGCAAGAUUCACAGAAACCACGUGACUUGUUGAAGGCAAUGGUUAAACUGGACUACAUUAAAGCGGACAAUCUUACAAUGCUCCGGAAGGACAUGAUCACUGCUGGUAUCAGCUGGAAUGCUGUUGUUCGAAACAUUCCUGGGGCGACCAAUCUUCGUCAACCGAUGGCUGAAGAGGCUGACAUUGGGCAAAUAGGUGGAGCAGUUGAGAUUCCACAUUUUGUCAAACUUGUUGUACCAGCUGAUGCCCUACAACAGAACACGAAGGUCACACUCUCAACUGUGGACUUUCCAAGCCUCCUGAUCAGAAGUAAGGGUGUCCACUGGAGCUCUGACUACCCAUGGUCACAUGCUGAAGCUGCCUGCGCACGUGAGCUGUUGGGUAAAGUUUUGUUUUCUCCUGCUUUCCACGUCAACCUACAUGGCGCAAAGCUGACGGGAAAGGUGCCCGUGGAGGUACACACAUGGCGACCUUCCGGCACGGAGGAUCACAAGUGUAUCAUUCUUCAUCAUGAUGACAUCAACGGCUGGAAGGAUAUCAGUUCCGAAGCUAAACUCCGUGAAACAGAAGACCGACUUGUGAUCAGUCUGAGUCAAUGCAGCACCACUGUACCAAUCUGGGUCCCUCUUGUGCUCUUUAGCACUGUAAUUGCCGCAGCCACAUCGUCACCAGCUUUAGCACCAGUAGUGUUAGGCACAGCAGCAGCGGUCAAGGCGGGGGAAUAUUUGGUCACACAGAUGCUAAAUCGCAGUAAGGAAGGCACAUUGAAAUGCUGGUUUUCAGCGUACAUGAAACCAGCUAACAAACCUGACGUACAGUUCCACGUUCUGUGUAAGGACGGUGUGUCGCAAGGAGCAUUUCCGUACAGAGAAGGUUUUGUUCACUGCGGUGACAAUAGAUCACAAGUUUGCCUCUUCAAUGGCGAAUGCAUCGAUGUUCACGUCAAAGAUGCUUCGAGCGAACAUGAGAAAACUGUGAAGUCAGUGAUCGUGGAUGAAGUUGGAUGCCGUUCACAGUGGGGUCAGCAAGUACAACUGAUCUUACUAAGGGAGAAGUUUCUCAUUGGCGAAGUAACAAUCAAGAGAAACAAGGGAACCCAAGACGUCUGUAGCCUGACUUUUGAGCAGCGAGACGUUUUGCCGCAACGCCAAUACCGUCCCGAUCAGUUGUCAGAAUCCAACACCAGUCAGAGUGGGAGCAGACCAUCGGGUGAGCCUUCAGAACAUCCGCUUCAGGAACAAGACCUGGCCACUCCAUCUUCGGGCAGAUGUUCUGUCCUGUUGGUUAGCACAGAGUAUGGCACAUCAAAGGGCGGAAUCUCCACCAUCAACCGCAAGGUGGCCCGCAUGAUCACCAACGCGGGUGCCAAGGUCUACGCUACCGUGUUGGAGGCAAGUCAACAAGAUGAGAGGGAUGCCAAACGAGAUGGAGUGAAACUCCUCACGCCUCACCCAGAUCCCGACAGCAGCGCGAAGCCGUCCUUAGAGUGGCUGACUGUGUACCACAGCGUUCACUUUCCACACAUCCCAUCAGAUGUCUGCUGCAUUGUGGGCCAUGUUGACGUCACAAGUAGAGCAGCGAGGAAGAUCAAAGAAGAGCGAUUUCCACACGCCAAGCUCGCCAUGUUCGGUCACGUGGCGCCAGAGGAGACGGAGCACUACAAGAGUGACGAGAAGGCCCUGGGUGUGGGGAGGAAGGAAGCCAGCAUCCAGGACGACAUUGGCAAGGCUGAUGUCGUCUUCUCGGUGGGACCACGCAUUCACCGCCAUUACGACAGAUUCCUCAGUCAGAGUCACGUGGCUCACCACAUCUUCCUACCUGAACCUUCAAAGGUGUUCAGUGAAGCAACAGUGACAUUUGGCGAAGAAGGGGAAGUCGAGAAGCCAGAGAGGGUUGUUCUGUCCAUCGGUAGGGUGCGGAAUGUGGAGAUGUUGAAAGGUCACGACCUGGCCGCAGGAUCCAUAGACAAGGCGGCACAGCGGCUUGAUAAUCAGUACACACUGAAGCUGAGAGUCCGCGGCAUCGAUGAGAACGACUUCAAGAAGAGCAAGAGAAUCCUGGAGGAGAAGCUGAAAACCGGCCGGGUCAAACCCACCCUGCUUCCGUACGGCACUCAAGAGGAGGUCCGCCGAGACAUGGAGGCCUGUCACCUGGUCCUGAUGCCGUCCCGGGCCGAACCGUUCGGACUGGUCGGCCUGGAGGCCAUCGCGGCAGGAGUUCCCGUCCUCAUCUCAGAGCAGUCAGGACUCGCGGAACUGGUGGCCCAACUGGCGAAGAAGUACCAGCCCAACUUUCGUCACUGUAUCGUCAAUAUGAAGGGAGACACCGCAACCGACGCUGAUGCAGAGAAGUGGGCAGACAGAAUCGAGGACGUCCUCAAGAACGCCAAGUCAGAGUUCGCGGAAGCCCGCGCCUUCAGGGAGAAACUGCUGGCCUCCAAGUACUGGGAAGAGUCUCACCAGACGUUCCUACAGGCGUGUGGCAUCACUGGUAAGAAACCGUGA